GUGGAGCUCAGAGGAGCCACUUCCUUUUAAGCCCGGAGCUUCAAAGAAGUGGUGGUAUCUACGGUACAGCUGUGUUUAGAGAUCUCUCAGCAACUCUGUGUGCCUAGGCACCAAAACCUCUGGACCAGACCUAGUGUUGUAGUGUUUGUUGCUCAAAAUACUGACGGAAAUCCAGUGACCAGUGAAGAAGAGCUGGGACUCUGUGAUCAGCUGUUAUUAUGGAGCUUCAGAAGAUUGGUGCUUUGGUGCUACUGAUCUUCAUCGUCUCUCCUGCAGAGGCAUCAGGACUGUAUGAUCCAAGGUUCUGCUACGCCCUGGAUGUGCUCCUGUUGAUCUACGGUAUCAUAAUCACUGCACUGUUCCUGCGACAGAAACGCCAAAAACCUGCAGAUAAACUGCAGAAAGACCCGACCUAUGCUCCUUUAAGUGGAAAUCAGUCCGUUUACCACGAGUUGGGAAGAGAUGCUGAAGCUGGUCGUGCACGCGGGGGUCGCAGGAAGGGGGAUGAUGACACGUAUACGCCUCUGAGAGAUAAAACCGAGGACACGUACAAAGAGAUCCAAAUGAAGAAAGAACGUCGACCCAACGAUCAGGUUUACCAGGGACUGAGUUCUGCGACUAAGGACACCUACGACUCAUUGCACAUGCAACCUCUGCCUCCUCGUCGCUAAAGCAACAUGUUAACCCUUACAGUGUCAGCUAGCUUUCACAUAACCACAUGGCUUCAACUCUUCACUAUAGACCCUGUUGACUUGGUUGUCUUGAUAACAUUUGCUCUCAAGUGUGUGUGUGUUUGUGUGUGUUUGUGUGUGUGUAAGGAAAACGUUGACAGCUUUCUUCACUUCAGUGUUUUUAGUUGGAACAGCUCAUCUUUUCUUAUAAGUGGAUCGUAUUAAUCAUGACGUCAGAAAUUUUACGUCCGACUCAUUUUCCUGUUUGAAACGAGUGCGUUUAUUCCGGCAGUCACUGAUCUGAUGACAUUUAUCUUCAUCUCCUCUCGUUUUACACAUUUCCUCCUAGUUAUCAGGAUCUAAUCUUUUUGAUCGUUAAUGAAAUCUUAAAGAUGACUAGAUUUCUAGCUUCACACUAUUUGGAGGCUCAGUCAUGACUUUUUUCGGAUCAUUCUGAUGCUAAAAAACUAGCUGAACUGAUGCAAACUACGAAAUCAUGCUAAAAAAAGUGCACACAGUACCUGAUACAUUAGACUUUAGAUGUUAGCUUACAUACAUUAGCUUUCAUUCUCUUGUUCUCUCAUGCUCUUGUGUUCGCUAAAGUGUAGAUUUGUUAAGAAAUCAGUGCCGUAGAAAUGCUAAAAUGUCACUAUGUUUGUUUUUGUUUUUUUUUACCUUGACUUUCUUCCGCCAAUUCUUUGCAGAAGUAUAUUUGUAGAAAGUUUUAUUUUAUUUUAUUUUAUAAUUUAAACAUGUUUCUGUUGACUUUUUCUGCAUCACUGCCACAGAGAAUUCAGCUACUUUUUAUGUCUUGUAUCAUACAAAAAGGCAGUACAUUUAGAUAUUCAAUGAAUCAAAGACAAAAAAAAAAAGAAACUUAUUUCCAGGUUGGGAAGCAAAGUUUUUCCAGAGAGAUGUAAUACUUUUUUUUUUAUAUUAAAUGUACAUAGAAGCAGAAUAAAGUAAGUACAAUAUGAAUUUCUUGCAUAUAUAUGUGUGUGUGUACAAACAGAGACUCGUUAAUAAACACGUAAAGCGUCAGUUUAUUUCUGAA